AAGCAGCUUCACCACCCCAUCUCCUCUCAGGCUCUCACCACAUUCGUGUACCAAACGUUCAGUAGCUUAUUUUGGGCAUACAUACAUCUCUUGUAGUACUUCUCUGAGUCGACCAUGGCCGGCGGCGCCGUCGUGAGCACCGGCGGGAAGGACUACCCCGGCAGGCUCACCCUCUUUGUCUUCUUCACCUGCGUCGUGGCCGCCACCGGCGGUCUCAUCUUCGGAUAUGACAUCGGUAUCUCGGGCGGUGUUACGUCCAUGAACCCUUUCCUGGAGAAGUUCUUCCCGGAGGUGUACCGGAAGAAGCAGGGCUCGAACUCGACUAACCAGUACUGCAAGUACGACAACCAGCUGCUCCAGACCUUCACCUCCUCCCUCUACCUCGCGGCGCUCGUCUCCUCCUUCUUCGCCGCCACCGUCACCCGCGUCGUGGGCCGUAAGUGGUCCAUGUUCGCCGGAGGGUUCACCUUCCUCGUCGGCGCCGCGCUCAACGGCGCAGCCCAGGACAUCGCCAUGCUCAUCAUCGGCCGUAUCCUCCUCGGCGUCGGCGUCGGAUUCGCCAAUCAGUCUGUGCCGGUGUACCUGUCGGAGAUGGCGCCGGCGCGUCUCCGGGGCAUGCUCAACAUCGGGUUCCAGCUCAUGAUCACCAUCGGCAUCCUGGCGGCGGCGCUCAUCAACUACGGCACCAACAAGAUCAAGGCCGGGUACGGGUGGCGCAUCAGCCUUGCCCUUGCCGCGGUGCCGGCAGGGAUCAUCACUAUCGGCUCCCUCUUCCUCCCCGACACCCCCAACUCCCUCAUCGAGCGCGGCCACCCGGAGGCGGCGCGCCGCAUGCUCAACCGCAUCCGCGGCAACGACGUGGACAUCAGCGAGGAGUACGCCGACCUGGUGGUGGCCAGCGAGGAGUCCAAGCUGGUGCAGCACCCCUGGCGCAACAUCCUGGACCGCAAGUACCGCCCGCAGCUCACCAUGGCGAUCAUGAUCCCCUUCUUCCAGCAGCUCACGGGGAUCAACGUCAUCAUGUUCUACGCGCCCGUCCUGUUCGAGACGCUGGGCUUCAAGGGUGACGCGUCGCUCAUGUCCGCCGUCAUCACGGGCCUCGUCAACGUCUUCGCCACACUCGUGUCGGUGUUCACCGUCGACAAGCUGGGCCGACGGAAGCUGUUCCUGCAGGGCGGCAUGCAGAUGCUGGUGAGCCAGCUGGUGGUGGGCACCCUCAUCGCCGUCAAGUUCGGGACCAGCGGCGUCGGGGACAUGCCCAAGGGCUACGCGGCGGCGGUGGUGCUCUUCAUCUGCGUCUACGUCGCCGGCUUCGCCUGGUCGUGGGGUCCCCUCGGCUGGCUGGUGCCCAGCGAGAUCUUCCCGCUGGAGAUCAGGCCGGCGGGGCAGAGCAUCAACGUCUCCGUCAACAUGCUCUUCACCUUCGUCAUCGCGCAGGCCUUCCUCACCAUGCUCUGCCACCUCAAGUUCGGACUCUUCUACUUCUUCGCCGGAUGGGUCGUCAUCAUGACCGUCUUCAUCGCCCUCUUCCUGCCGGAGACCAAGGGGGUGCCCAUCGAGGAGAUGGUGCUCGUCUGGAAGGGACACUGGUUCUGGAACAGAUUCAUCGGAGACCACGACGUCCACGUCGGCGCCACCAAUGGCAAGGCCACCGCAUAGACUGCAUUCUCACCGUCGUGUACAUUAAUUUCUUUUCCCUCGCUGCUCUGUGUGUAUCCAACCGUAGAUGCCUAGGUGGUCGAUUGUGUGUUUGUGUUUCGCCGAUUCUUGCACUAAUUAAGAUGUAAUCAAUGGCUAUUAUUAUGAUUA